CUGUAGCCAUAGCAACGUCUGGCCGGUUGAGAACAACAACGAGCAUGUAUAAAAUCCCACAAGAUGAAUUUGACAGACUGGAUAAGAUAAAGAAAUCUAAAGGUGGAUUUAAACGAGCUGUCAGACAGAUUCAGCAUGCAAGGUUGUGGUACAGAGGGAGACAAGAGAAAAGUCCACGGACCAUGAUUGCUGAGGAUAAUGACUGGUCUUCAUCAAAAGUGCCCCUUCUCUCUGACCUUUGCCUUGCACACAUUAGCAACAACUUUGAAACACCACUAUGAGAGUGAACAAAAAGGUCGGGAGAUGGAAAAACUCAACUUCCUCAACUCAACCGGAAACAACGAAAGAGUCGCUUCCCUUAAGAGCGUCUGUGGUCAUAGCAACCGGGCGCGUUGCAUGUGAUCUGUGACCUGAUGGUCUGUAAGACUGAACACAGUAGCCAGAAUGUCUGAAGCACCCCAGAGUGCGACUGGUGGGAUGGUGCUACCAAGCAUCGGAAAGGAUGGAUCGAAAAACUCUUCAAGGCGUGGCUCUUUACAGUCCAAUCACAGCGGGAAAACUACAAGUACAAAAGGAGGACACGAAGAGCCAAUCGUACCAGACCUGUUAGCUAAAGAUAACCCUGCAGCUGACUGGCGUAACAUGCGGAGAAUUAUUGCUGAGGAUGAUGAGUGGACCUUGGCAACUGUGCCCCAGCUUACAGAGCUUUGCAUACAACACAUUGUCAGCAACUUUGAAAAUAACUCUGAAAUUCUCAACAAGCUCCUCCUCAAGCAUCAGGCCAAAGUCCUUAAAAAGAUUGCCACCAAGCUUCCACUAAAAAUCACUGCUCUGCUGGUUGAUGAUGAGGGUUACUGGAAGCGCUGCUGUCAGGAACGCUGGGAUGUUUGUGAUGUCUCAGAGUAUGGAAAUUGUUGGAAAAGAAUGUUCUUUGAACGUAACUUGCAGCGAAUCAUAGAGAUGUUUGUGCCAGGGAAAACAGAUGAAACAGAGCUUAAGGAAACAGUGGCUUUGUCUGCCUCAUUUGUGAAGAAGCUGGAUAUAAAACAGCUUCUUCCCCCGGUUAAAGAAGAUAUUAAAGGUCCAGAUAUCUACAAAGAAGAUGUUUCGGAUGCAGGCAGUGAUAAUGGAGAUGAGCUUGAGAUGGACCACUUUGAUUUUGAACCUGUAUUAAAAAUGCUGCAUAACUUGGAAGAGCUGCAUGUCACCUAUGGUGUACGUGACUGUGGCAUGAACUUUGAAUGGAAUCUUUUUCAGUUUACAGCCCGAGACUGCUAUCAGCUGUCUAGUGCUGUUGCAAGCUACAAAACUCUUAAGGUAUUUCACCUUCAUGGCAGCAAAGUCGAUGAUGAAAAGGUCCGUGUCCUCAUCUCCUUAAUCUUGGAUCACCCAGGCCUGCUGGAGCUGGAUUUGUCCCACAAUUUGAUUGGAGAGCGUGGGGCUCGUGCUAUUGGCAAGUUUCUCAACAAUCACAGUAAGCUGGUGCGACUUAUCCUCUGUGACAACUAUAUUCAUGUUACUGGUGCCCAAGCCUUGGCUCAUGCUUUGACUAAGAACACUACCCUUAAGCACCUUAACCUGCGGCUGAACAGAAUUGGAGAUGAAGGUGGGCAGGCAAUCUGCCGAGCACUUCUUAGGAAUUCCACCCUUAUGGAACUCAACCUUUGUGGCAAUGAUGUUGCAGAACCUACUGCUGCUGUCCUGUCACAGGUCAUGAUGCAUAACACGAUCCUCAGGUCAAUAGAUCUUUCCUGCAAUAAACUGGGGCCAGAUGGUGGAAAGCAGUUGCAGGAGGGCAUGGAAGAGAACAAAACAAUUCUUGAGAUGGACCUACGCCUGACUGAAUGUGGCCAGGAGUCUGAGUACUGCAUCAAUCAGAUUCUUCACCGCAACCGGGAGGCAGCUCGGAAUGCAAUAAUCCAACAGAAGCAGGUCCACGCUCCACCCCAGAAGAACUACAUUGAGCCCCAGGCUGCUCAUCGGUACAAAGCUGCUCCACAGCAAGUUUGAUUGCACCAUGAGUGAAUGCAAUGGCAUAGAGACACUUAUCCUGGAGAUUACUGACUGAGAUUCUCCAGAGUCUAGUAGACAUUAUGUGACUUAAUUUGACAUCCAUGCACGUGUGCAUGCAAUUGUGUAUAUCUAUGUGUGUGUGUGCACUUGUAUAAAUCAAGCAAUGUUAUAAAUGAUAUUGCUUUAAAUGUUGUGACUACUGGGAAUUCCCUUAUGAAAGCAACUUAUGUAACUGGUAGACAUAACUAAACUUGCCAUUUAUAGUCUGUUAUAAUUUACACACUUUGAAAAAAAAACAACAAAAUGAAAUCUUGAGAGAUCAUGUUUAAAUUUUUUUUUUAU